UAGACGGCGCAAAAAUAAUGGCGACGCAGCCGUUGCUGCAUGGCAAAGACGAGGAAGAGGACGUAGAAGCCGACGAGGCCUUCAACAAUGUCGAGGAGGAGCAGCAGCAGCUCCUCCCUCGUUGCGGCACAGGCGGCGGCGCUUCCUUCUGGAGAUGCUGCCUCAACCUAAGCAACGUGAUCUCGGGCAUCGGGACGCUCUCCGUGCCGUACGCGCUGGCGCAGGGCGGCUGGCUCAGCCUCGCGCUCUUCGCCGUCGUCGGCGCCGUCUGCCUCUACACCGGCGGGCUCAUCGACCGCUGCAUGCGCGCCGACCGCUCCGUCAGGAGCUACCCGGACAUCGGCCACCUCGCGUUCGGCGCCCACGGCCGGACGGCGAUCGGCGCCGUCAUGCACGUCGAGCUCUACCUCAUCGCCAUCAGCUUCCUCAUCCUCGAGGGCGACAACCUCGACAAGCUCCUCCCCGGCACCGCGGUGGAGAUCCUGGGGUGCCAGCUACGCGGCAAGCAGCUGUUCGUGCUCGUGGCGGCCGCCGUCAUCCUCCCGACCACCUGGCUGAAGGACCUCAGCAUGCUCGCCUACGUCUCGGCGGUCGGGCUCGUCGCGUCGAUGGCGCUGACGGCGUCACUCGUCUGGGCCGGUGUUGCCGAGAAGGGCUUCCGCAUGGAUGGCACGAGCCUCUUCAACCUAAGCGGGUUGCCCUCCACCCUCAGCCUCUACUUCGUCUGCUUCGCCGGCCAUGGCAUCUUUCCCAGCGUGUACGCCUCCAUGAGGACGAAGAGGGAUUUUCCAAAGGCUUUGUUGAUCUCUUCCAUGCUGUGCAGCCUCAACUACGUGCUGACAGCAAUGUUGGGAUACUUGAUCUAUGGUCAGGACGUGCAGGCACAGGUGACACUGAACUUACCCAUAGGUAAGCUAUACACGAGGAUCGCCAUCUUGACGACCCUGAUCACCCCACUAGCGAAGUACGCGCUCGUGAUCCAGCCAAUCACAACGGCGAUAGAGGAGAAGUUGAAACCGUCGGCGGCAGCGGCGGAGGUGGCUGCCGGCAACAACUGGCUUGCCACCAGGGUGCUCGUCGGCACAGCCAUUGUCGUCACUACGGUGGUGCUAGCAUCCGUGGUGCCCUUCUUCGGCUACCUCAUGUCGUUCAUCGGGUCAUCGCUGAACGUCACCGUUGCUGUCCUGUUCCCGUGCCUGAGCUAUCUAAAGAUCUAUAUGCUCCAGGGAGUAAUCCAUCGCUUCGAGCUGAUGGCGGUCAUUGGUAUAUUGGUCUUCGGGGUCUGUGUGGCCGUUGUUGGCACUUACACUUCACUUCACCAGAUUAUUGGUACAUUUUGAUAUGCACUGCUCGGUUGAUUUGAGGGUAUGCCUUCACCAGGUUAUUGGUACAUUUUGAUAUACAGUGAUCAAUUUGAGGUUAUGCCAUGGUAUGGUGGAAGCUUUUGGUACUAAUUUAUUAUAUAGUUUUUACAUGAGUUUUUUACUAUUAGUUUAUUUGAAAAUGAGAACAUAUGUUGUACUUGUCUUCUGGAAA